AAAAGUUAAUUCAAAACGAAAACAUUAUCUUUGAAAAGUUUAACAAAAUAUUAUAUUCAUAUUCUUAAAUAAAUAUUUACUUUCAAUAAACUACAAUAUGUGGUUUUUCCUAAUAUUAUGUGUGAUAUUAUUAAUAUUUAUAAAAUAUUUAUUAAAACUUAAUAAAGAUUAUUUUAUCCUAAGUUUAUGUAAACGUAUUAAAACCAUAGAUGGCAAGCCGUUAGAAGAAAAAGUUGUUAUCAUACCGGGUCUAACAAGAUUUGGUAAUAAUUUUGAUUUAUUAACCAUGACACCAGAAAAAUUAUUUAAUUUUUGUCGUGAAAAAAAUGCUUUUUCUAAAGGUAAAAGCUAUUUAUUGCAUUUUUUAUUUUCCACUGUUUAUAGCAUAACAAAUGCUGAAGAUGCUGAGGAAGUUUUCCAAAGUACUACUAUAAUAAAGAAAAGUUAUAUUUAUGAAUUAUUAAAACCAUUUUUAGGUGAUGGUUUAUUAAUAAGUACAGAUCAAAAAUGGCAUUUUAGACGUAAAAUUUUAACACCCGCUUUUCAUUUUAAUGUUUUGCAAAGUUUUAAUGAAAUUUUCAAAGAGGAAAGUGUAAAACUUUUAAAGAAAUUGCAGAAACUGGAAAAUAAUAAAAUUGAUGUGGCCGAUAUUAUAACAGAAUUUACACUCAAUAAUAUAUGUGAAACCGCUUUAGGAGUUAAAUUAGAUGAUAUAAGCGGCAGUGAGGAAUAUCGUAAAACUAUACAUGAUAUUGAAACAACUGUUGUUCAUAGACUCUGUAAUCCUUUACUAUAUUACAAAGGAUUAUUUUAUCUAUUUGGUGAGUAUAGAAAACAAGUGGAUAGCAUAAAGAUAGCUCAUGAUUUUAGCAGUAAAAUCAUAAAGAAAAAACGACAAGAAUAUUUGGCUAAAACGAAACAGCAACAAGAAGAAAAGCAAGACAAUGAAUUGGGAGUAAAAAAACGUUAUGCCAUGUUGGAUACUCUGUUGGCGGAAGAGGCCAAAGGUUUUAUAGAUCAUCAGGGUAUAUGUGAUGAAGUAAAUACUUUUACUUUUGAGGGUUAUGAUACCACUUCUACUUGUUUGAUAUUUGCCAUUUUAAACUUAGCAUUACAUCCAGCGGUGCAGCAAAAAUGUAGAAAAGAAAUACAAGAUUUGGCUGAUUUUUCGAAUUUAACAGUUUUUGAUUUUAAUAAAUUGGAAUAUUUAGAAUGUGUUUUAAAGGAAACUUUACGUUUGUAUCCUUCGGUACCGUUUCUUGCUAGAAUUACUACCGAAGAGACACGUUUAAAUGGUUUAAUUUUACCUGCAAAUUGCCAAAUAAAUGUUCAUAUUUAUGAUAUUAUGCGAGAUCCUAAACAUUUUCCACAACCAGAUCUCUUUAAACCGGAAAGAUUUUUAGCAGAUGUUUUGGUAAAACGUCAUCCCUUUGCUUUUGUACCCUUUAGUGCUGGCUCACGGAAUUGUAUUGGUCAAAAAUUUGCCAUACUUGAAAUGAAAUCGGUUUUGGUGGCAAUUUAAAAGAAUUUUGAAAUUAUGCCCAUAACCAAAUUGGAAGAUUUAAUAUUUGAAAAUGGUUUAAUAUUAAGAACACAACAAAAAGUCUAUGUUAAAUUAAAGAAAAUUCAGAAAUGAAACAGAACAGCAACAAUUACAGUUAAUUGCAAAUACCGUUAAAAUGGAUCUAACAAUCCUAUAUAUUUACUAUUAAUUUUUUUCUUUUUUCUUUAAAAGAAAACAUUUUGUGGGAAUAUAUCUAAACUGUUCAAUAAAUGUUUAAUCACAUGGCAUUGGUUGGUUUUCUAGUUUUUCUUUGAUUACAUUUUCUUUAAAAAAAUGAAAAGAAAAAAUUAUUUUAAAAUUAUCACAUACAUGUCCAUUAGUGGCAUGUUUCAUGUUACUUCAACUCUGCCACAGAAUGUGAAAUAUUUUGGUGUGAUUUAUAACAAGAAAUCAAUUUGCUGGCAUCAAAUAAACCAAGUAAAAUUUUGUUUUGAUUGUCUUGAUUAAAAGCAAAAAAAAAAAACAUAAAAUAAACUUUAAUUUCUUUCACGUUUAGGUGGUUAGAAGAACAGCGUAAAAAAGUUUAAAUAUAAAAAUACCUUGGAGUGUUGUAAGUUUUAAAAUGAUUGAAAAAAAACACUAAACGUGAUGUAAAUUUUUAAUAUAAAAUUAAAGAUAAUUGAGAAAAAAAUACUGAACUAAUAAAUUAAAGAAGUUAUAAUAGUUAUAACUGUAAAUAACUUAACGCCAGUUAACGGGUUUCAAAAGACAGAAAAACAAAAUUCCCUUCAGAAGCAAUAGUUUAGAAUAUAAAAUAUAAUUCAGAAUGUAAUUGUUUAAAUAAAAUGAAUUAAGUUAUAUAAUCGUUUUAUUUAAUCU